GAGUAAACAAAAGGCAAUAAAAAAACUCCACACUCUGUUUCCUUCCGCUGCCUCUCUGGCGCUCUCCGCCCCACGUUCAGUUAUGGCUGCCGUCACCAUCCAGUAGUUAAAUACGGUGGUUUUCCGCUCAUCUACUUCACCCAUCCCCCUCUACCUCCUUUUCCCCCUCUUCCUUCCUUUAUAACUCUCCCAACCAUACCGUUCUUUCUCUCCAUAGUAAUCUCCACCAUCGUCCUCACUUUCUCCGCCAAAAUCUCAACUCUAUAUCAAUCAGCCCAUUAACCCCCACUUUCUCAGUUCUCAAUUCCUUCCAUUUCCCCCGACCCCAAAACCCAGAUCCAAGCUCAGUCAAAGCUUCCUCCAAAAUGGAGCUCGACUUCCUCGACAAGCUGAAAGACCAGCCUUUCUAUCUCCGCCCGCUCUUCCUCCUAGGUUCCCUCACCGCCCUCAAAUUCUCCUUCGCCCUCCUCCAAUGGGUCUACGUCAAUUUCCUCCGCCAGGGGAAAAACCUCAAAAAGUACGGCUCUUGGGCGGUGGUCACCGGAGCCACGGACGGAAUCGGCAAGGGUUUUGCUCUCCAGCUUGCCCGAAAAGGAAUCAAUCUAGUCAUCGUCGGCCGGAACCCUGAUAAGCUCAAGGAGGUCACCGAUUCGAUCUCCGCGAAGUACGGUAAGGUUGAAAUCAAGACGGUGGUGGUCGAUUUCAGUGGGGACAUCGACGGCGGAGUGGAGAGGAUCAAGGAGACGAUAGAAGGGCUCGAUGUCGGGGUUCUGAUUAACAACGUUGGGGUUUCGUAUCCUUACGCGAGAUUCUUCCACGAGGUGGACGCGGAGCUGCUGAGGAAUUUGAUUAAGGUGAAUGUGGAAGGGACGACUAAAGUGACUCAGGCGGUUCUGCCUGUGAUGUUGAAGAGGAAGAAGGGCGCCAUUGUUAACAUUGGCUCUGGUGCUGCCAUUGUGAUCCCUUCGGAUCCUCUCUAUGCUGUUUAUGCUGCUACUAAAGCGGUACAUUGAUCAGUUCUCGAGAUGCCUUUAUGUUGAGUACAAGAAGAGUGGGAUUGAUGUGCAAUGUCAGGUUCCUUUAUACGUGGCCACAAAGAUGGCGUCGAUAAAGAGGUCUUCAUUCUUCGUUCCAUCAAACGAAGGCUACGCCAAAGCUGGACUGCGCUGGGUAGGGUACGAGCCUCGGUGCACGCCUUACUGGCCGCAUUCCCUUCUCUGGGCUCUUAUAAGCGCCAUCCCGGAAUCAGCCGUUGAUGCGUGGAGGCUGAAAUUCUGCAUGGCGAUCCGCAAGAGAGGACAGAAGAAAGACGCCAUGAAGAAAGACGAGUAAAGAAGCCAUCUUUGCCUAAGAGAACACAGAGCUGUGUAAUAGGAAAAUUCUUCUUCUUCUUCUUCUUCUUCUCUGCAUCAUUUUCCUUGCUGGUGGUUGGUUGAUAUUAGAUGGAGGGUGUUUUAGUGUCUAUUGCUGUCCAUUAACGUGUACUAGUUGGGAUGGGAAGUUGUUGGGAGUUGGAGGAAGGUUUUAUCUUUCUCAAUUUGGGAAUGAAUUUGAUUUAACGUUAGCAACAGUUUCAAGUUUCAUCUUUGUCCCAUGAGUGCAUGUUGCGUGUCUCCAGAAUCAUGGGAGGGGAAAGAGACACUAUCACGGUUUUGGGACAACCUUAAUUAAAAGCGGGCAGGUCCUCGUUGGCUUGCUGUUUUGUUGUUACAACUAACUAA